UGGAUGCGCUAGUAUUGUCACCAAUCACAACAGGAUCUGCCAACUUACCGACACCAAUCAGAUUGGAGGUCCUGUUUGGGUAAUGACAAACUGGAGUAGUACACCAUACCUGUAACUUUGAAUAAGUUGAUUCUGCAAUGAAUUCGUUGGAACAAGCAGAGGAUCUCAAAGCAUUUGAGAGGAGACUGACAGAAUACAUUGCUUGUUUGCAACCUGCCACUGGGAGAUGGAGAAUGAUCCUUAUUGUGGUUUCAGUUUGUACUGCAACUGGUGCCUGGAAUUGGUUGAUAGAUCCUGAUACACAAAAGGUAUCGUUUCUCACAUCUUUAUGGAAUCAUCCAUUUUUUACUAUCAGUUGUAUCACUCUGAUUGGUCUGUUUUUUGCUGGCAUACACAAACGAGUAGUAGCACCUUCCAUUAUAGCUGCCCGAUGUCGAACAGUCUUGGCAGAAUAUAACAUGUCGUGUGAUGAUACUGGUAAGCUAAUCUUGAAGCCGAGGCCACAUGUCCAGUAGUGCUACAUGACUUGAAUACAUUUGCAGGAAGCUGAUAUUUUGUCUCGUCUCGGAGUUGACCAGUUUGUUGGAACAGCUGUUUCUUCAUUAAUUAUGGUGAAAGACACUUUCUGCAACCUUUACAAGACUGUGAGUGUGCUUCAGUGAAUAUGUGUAGCCAUUGUGAGAAAGGAACAUGCUCUCUUUAAGCCAUUAUGGCUUCACUGAUCACAUUCCAAAAAGACUGCAGGCAUGGUUUGGUGCUGUCAGUGUUAGUGUUACUGUGUCACUUUACUAUUUCUUUUUAUGCUAAAAAGAAGUUGUAUAUAAAUUGUUUCCUGGCAGUCUGAAACUGUUUAGGAAAGUUGUUGGGUUUUAUGAUAAUUUUUGUAUGCACUGUAAAUAUGUACAUAUGAAAAAUGAAUGCCAAUUCAAAGCAUUGCAUGCUGAAACUGUGCUCCCUCUUUGUUCUUUUGAACAGUAUUCAAAGGCGUGUCUACCAUGUGUGUAUUGCAUUGUAUUAAAAUUUUUUAACAACU